AUGGACAAGUUCAUCCCAGAGUCGCCUCAGAACAGCGAAUCAGGAGAAGUCUCUCCCUGCCGCUCCCCCUCCACCCCACGACACUUCCGCUACAGACAGCCUGGAGUUCACUUUCUCUCUCUAGUUCAGUCAGGGGAGAACUCUCGUUGUUCUGUUUCUCCUGCCUCAGCCUUUGCUAUUGCUACAGCUGCAGCAGGACAUGGCUCUCCCCCAGUGUUUAAUAACUCAGAGAGGACAUGUGAUAAGGAGUUUAUCAUCAGAAGAGCUGCUACUAACAGAGUCCUCAACGUACUUCGACACUGGGUCUCAAAACACUCCCAGGACUUUGAGAUGAACAGUGAGUUGAAGAUGGGAGUGAUCUGUCUACUAGAGGAGAUACUCAGAGAUCCAGAUCUAUUGCCACAGGAGAGAAAAGCUACUGUUAAUAUACUAAGUACCCUUUCUCUGGAUGAGCAGGAAGCAGAUGCCCAGCUGAGGAUAGAAGACAUCCUUCAGAUGGUGGAGUGUCCUAGGUCAGAGUGUUUUGAGUCUCUGUCUGCCAUGGAGCUGGCUGAACAGAUCACACUACUGGACCACAUCGUCUUCAGGAGUAUCCCCUAUGAGGAGUUCCUGGGGCAGGGCUGGAUGAAGGUGGAUAAGUCUGAGAGGACUCCCUACAUCAUGAAGACCAGCCAGCACUUCAAUGAUAUGAGUAACCUGGUGGCGUCUCAGAUCAUGAGCCAUACUGACGUGGGCUCCAGGGCCAACUCUAUCGAAAAAUGGGUGGCUGUGGCCGACAUCUGCCGCUGCCUCAACAACUACAAUGGAGUCUUAGAGAUCACCUCAGCUCUGAACCGCAGCGCCAUCUACAGGUUGAAGAAGACAUGGGGCAAAGUCUGCAAACAGACUAAAGCCCUGAUGGACAAGCUGCAGAAGACUGUGUCGUCUGAAGGGAGAUUCAAAAACCUGAGGGAAACCCUGAAAAAUUGUAACCCUCCCAGUGUGCCCUACCUGGGUAUGUACCUGACUGACCUAGCCUUUAUCGAGGAAGGAACACCUAACUUCACUGAGGAGGGCUUGGUCAACUUCUCCAAGAUGAGGAUGAUCUCCCACAUCAUCCGAGAGAUCCGCCAGUUCCAGCAGACACCCUACAGGAUAGAACACCAGCCUAAGGUGACUCAGUACCUGUUGGACAAGACUCUGAUCAUGGAUGAGGAUACUCUCUAUGACCUCUCUCUUAAGAUAGAGCCCCGACUACCGGCCUGAGGGACAGUCACUGCGAGCAACGGGACCCUGGCAACCCUGUCCCUCUAUGUGGGCAACACGCCUGCAUACCUGGGAUAAUGAACGACAAAGAGAGAGUAGAUUAUUGAAGAGACAGAGAAAACGAGAGAGAGAGUAUUGAGAAGGAACGUAGGGAGAAAAUCCUUGUUGUUUUUAGAUGAUGAUGGGGGGAUCUUUUGAAUUUGUUUUCUGAGAGGAAGGGUAAACAGGAAGUGAGGUGUCAUUGUGUGACCUCAUCAUCCCUCUCCCAAAGUGUGACAUCAUUGAUGUGAAACAUGGUUCUUCUGCCAGCAGAUCAAAUCAGAGUUGGUGGAGAUUGAACAAUCUUUGGGAAAAUCUCAAAUGGCACCCUGUUCCCCAUGUAGGACUGCACUAUUUAGGGAAUAGGUUGCCAUUGAGACACUUUUUUGUCUUUGAACAUUUUUAAAAGGUGUAUCAUAAGGAGAUGAAAUGUAGCAUGUAUAGCUCUAAGAGUCUGGACUUGUGUAUGUUACGCUGUGCUGCUUUACUGUGCCAUGUCCUUGAGCUGAAGCACCCAUGCUUUCACACCAAAUGGUGAUCACUUGACUUUGCAUGAUCCUAACUGGGGUUUUAGUGUUUAUUUGGCCUUGGUCCUGACCCCUGCAUGUUAACAUGCUUCACUCUCUUUGGUCUCUGAAGACUACACAACCACUAUGCAUCCCCAUCUACCAAUCAUAAAUCACUUUAUUAGGAGGGUCGGAUGGAAUCUAUGGGUGUAGAUUUUCGAACACACCUGCCGGAAUUAACUCAUACAUUACUACUACUAAAUAUAUUAAAUGUAAGUGGUAAAUAGAAAAUCCUUUUAAGAUUCAGUCUGACUGUGGUAAUGAGAAACUAAGUGCUUCAAAAUGAAUUUAGAUUUAGAAACUGGGCGGCAGGUUAGAUUUAGCCAACUGGGUGGGAGGUAGCCUAGCGGUUAGUGCUUUGGGCCAGUAACUGAAUUGUCGCUUGUUAGAAUACCUUAGCCAACAAUCUGUUGAUGUUCCCUUGAGCAAGGCACUUAACCCUAAUUUGCUCCAGGGCCGCCAUUCUACUAUGGCUGACCUUGUAAAACAACACAUUUCACUGCACCGAACAGGUGUAUGUGACAAUAAAAUAAAGAAAUAAUAAAGCUUCAUUUGUAAUAGUUUACCAUUUAUGUGUAUCGUGUUGUUGAAAUUGCUCUUCAUAAAUAAUGAAAUAUUAAUCUACAAACUGGUGACCGGUAUCUGAAAGAAUACAGUACAAUCCGGUACAGUACAAUCCGGUUUUAAUGUCUAAUAUCUUGUAAGCUCUACCAAUUCUGUAGUUUGUCCAUUUGAAUGAUGAGAAUUAGAUGCUUCAAAUGUGCCUUUAUUAUUGUUUUUUUCUAUAGGUAGAUUCUCAGUCCUCUAUAUGUUCUAACAACAAUACCAAUCAAUUCAGAUGAGCAAGUAAUAUUUCCCCCUCUUCAAAUAUUUUGCUGUCAAGUUAGCAAAUUUCCAUCUGUGGCAUUCUUUGGUGAAGUUGUAGAUCCCUAGUAAUAAUGUAUCUGCUCAUUCAGAUGAUAUGGAAUCAUUGGGUAAAUAUCAAUUGUUAUUCCGUCAUUCCUCAAAUCCUCAUCUCCUUCUCAAAGCACUUUGGAGCAAAAUAUCCUCCUCUCAGAAGGAGGCAAGGAGAAAUGACAAGGAUAGAAUUACGUAUACCUACAUAUAAUUGAAUAAGGAUCUCUUUGGGAUCAAGGAUAUACAUUUGAGAUUCAGGCAUAUAAAACUAUUGUACUGCCAUGGAGUGAGGGUGGUUAAAGAGAAGUGACUUGUUAUGUCCCUCUAGUAGCCCAGACAUUCCCAUGCUUUAUCUGACAACAACACUUGUAGCAUGUUCAGCAGGGCCUGUUCACAACUUUACAAUAACCACUCCUUAUGCAGUUUGAUGAGCAUGUGGUCCUGUUGCAGUUUGCUCCUAAUUGAAAAAUUAAAACCCAGCUAACAAAUGUUGGUUCCCAGAACAAUGUGGGAAAGUAAUUUUUCAAAUAACCAAAAGAGAACCUCAAGGGAAUGCUAUGGGUACAUUAUGAGCUAGCUGGGAAUCCUUUAUUGUCCUCUCAAAUAGAAUUUUGUCUUCAGCUUCAUUGGCUUUACAUGGUCGCAUGAGUGUUCUAGUCCAGUCAUCUGUAUGAGUCUGACAGUAGCUGUCAGCAUGAAGCGAUAGAGGUUGCUUUAGAGGUUACAUACAGUUAAUGCAGCUCUUGAGUUCCGAUCAUGGAAUUCCGAACUCAUCAGUACAUCUUUACUUGGAUUAAAACAUAUAUAUUUUACAUUUUAGUCAUUUAGCAGACGCUCCAGAGCGACUUACAUUAGUGCAUUCAUCCCAUACAUUUUUUUCUCUCAAUUUAUUUAACUUAGAUGUACAUACAUUUACAUCUUUGUUAAAAUGCAUGUAAUGCCUAAACAUUUAUAACAGAGAUGCAUGUACAAACAUUUGCAUCUUUGUUAAAAUGCAUGUAAUGCCUGACAAUUCCAGAAAUGCAUGACUAUGACAUCUAGCCUACAGGGUGGCCAAAGUGGUUCCUAAUUCGGCAUAUGACAUAAUUUGUCCCUUCAGAGGAUUUUUAAAUUACUCUUUACGUAUUGAUCAAUGGAGAAUUUGCCACCAAGCCAAAACUUUGGCACUAGCUAGGUUUCAAUCCAAUUGGAAACAGAUUUCCAUGUGAAUAUUAUAAAAUCUACAUGAAGAAAAUAUGUGCAUUUUCCCACCAGCGGUGUGUUUCCUCCAAACAGACUUGUGGCGUAUAAAAAUCAGUGAAUGAUGACGUAGUGCACACAAAAUGUACUUUUUCGCUUAAGUUUUCGUGUACCAAAUAAAAAUCUACAGUUCAACGUGUUUCCAUUGCAUUUUCAACUCUACCAAUAGUUUCCUCACAAAAACUGUGUGCCUACUCUGGUCUUGGCACAUGCACUCUAGCCAACAUUUCGUAGAUACAGUAUGCUGUGUGGGUAGGCUAGUCUACAUGAUGAGAUUAUUAUGGAUAAGAGCGAGAAUAUUUUUAUUUAUGGAUAAGAGCGAGAAUAUCUGUAUUUAUCAAACGGCAGUCAAGCAUCGAUCAUCAUGUCACCAGAAUCAGACCCUCAAUAUUUAUUGGAAAGGAACAUCAAGAUUACUGUCACCACCCUGUGAAGAUCAUCAUAAAUGAUUUAAUCUGUAGCCUAAUAAACUGCAUGCUUUUCCGAGUCAUAGUGGGAGGACCACACACCAAGUUUACUUGACUCCAAGUUUACUUCAAUAUGAUUGUUAUUAUAUAUCAAUAUUUGCGCAUAAAGGCGGUUCCACUGCCAUGUCACGCAUAAUUAAUUUUACAGACACAAAAAUAUCCCACCAAUUGAACCGAAGCUUCCUGUUUCCAUCACCGCUGUCUUGAUUUUUUUUUAUACGGUAUGACUAUACUCGUAUAAAAACUGUGGAUGCGUAUGUGGUUAGUGAUAUAAUUUAAAUUAUGGUUAAAAAAAAAAACAUUUGAUUUCACCAAAAUUGUCCAUUAUGUUAUAAAGAGCACAUGUUCAACUUCAUAAAAAAAAAUUAUGACUAUAGUCGUGCCUCUCUUCAGCUUGAAAAAAAAUCGAAUCACUACCUGACCGAUAAUGUAACAUUUUUGUCCUAAUUUUUGUAGUAAUUUAAAGACCAAAACCAUAUUAUUACAAGAACAGCUCAAAUAAGCAAAGAGAAACGACAGUUCGUCAUUACUUUAAGACAUGAAGGUCAAUCAAUCCUGAAAAUGUCAAGAACUUUGACUGUCACGUCUAGACACAUUCACGGGUAGCCUCUGUCCAAAUGCACAGCGGUGCACAUUUUACUCAAGGUAAGGGGGUCAAAGGGCAGAUGUUCUGCAAUAGGGGGGAAGCGGGAGGGGGCGGGGGUGCACUGUGUAGCUUUGCUUAUGUGAUGAGAAAGUUGCAAUUUACAAUUUUUGCUUGAUUAAAUAUCCUUGGAAUUGUUCUGCUGUGAUUUACAUUUUUGUUCUUAUGUUUUUUGGGGACUUCUAAGCCCAUGUUUCUUAUGUUGAUUUUGUAUCCCAAGCUCCUGUACAGUAAGCUAUUUUGAACUUUAUUCUUUAACCUCUUGGGGCUAGGUGGGACGCUAGCGUGCCACCCGUGGUGCACUCCAUCAACAGCAGGUGCAUUUCAAGAGCGGCAAAUUUGAAUCCAAAUAAAUGUCAAAAUUCAAAUUUUUCAAAAAUACAA